CGUAACCUUCUAUCGGCCAAAGGAUUGCACCCAGCCAUACUUACAACAUUUCCGUUCUCAUUGAUUGAUUCGAGAUCCAAUGAAGAAUGACCACAAGGUGGCAAGAUACCACCGGUAUACUAUACACUCAAGCUUACCCUCAUUCCCCCAUCAACCUACCCAUUGCCUUCGCCAUUGCCCUCGCGCUUGCCCUAGUACCAUCUCAAAAUAAGGCAACAAGCGAAGGUAUAGUGAGACACUACCCAAUACUCACAUAGUGCAGGCCGUCCACGUUCGAAUGAGCCCUCAAGUAUCAUUGAAACCGGAGAUGAACACCUUGCGUACAGAUCGUUUUCGAUUUUUUGUCUUUGUGAAGAAAAGAGCGGACAUGACGAUGGAGGAGUUUGAUCGGUAUUGGCUGGAGGUGCAUUCGAAGGUGUUCUUGAAGUUCAUAGCUGGGAAAGAGGGUUUAUUGAAGUACGAACAACUGCAUGUCAAUCAAGUCGAGAAAGCGAGAUUAAAGAGUAUUGGUGUACCCGUACUCGACUAUGACGGCGUAGGAUUAUUCGACGUAGAUUCGUUUGAAAAAUUUGCAGCGCUCUUAGACGAAGGAUACAUUAGAGACGUCGUACCAGACGAAGAAAAAUUCAUUCUCCGCGAAGAAUCCGUCGUCGUACGAGCCAAGAUCGCAUCCAUAGUCGACUGUGAUGAAGAUCUCCUUAUUGCCGCCCAAAUGGCAUCCGCAGGGUCGCCAUAUCUAAAACUUCCAACUAACCUCAGAAAGGAUCGUUCGAGAAUGUUAUUUACGUUCAACGUAAUGGAAGGGGUAGACUUAUCGCAGGUUUGGUUGCGAGAUCAUGCGAACGUGGUGAAGGCUACUCCCCUUGGGCAGAGUAUUAUCAAGUACGAGCAGUUACAUCCAACAGAACCCGUCUCUGGGUUCACUGAUAAUCACGACGCUGAACUCCCUCAUUGGGAUGGAGUAGCGCUCAUCGACGUGCCGUCUUUCAACUUAUUCAAGGACCCGGUGUCAAAGCGAAUGCUUGCAGAAGACGAAGCCAAAUGGCAAGCUCCAGGAACGCUGAGCAUGCUCCCUAUCGACGUGGCGACCAUCAUUGACGUUGACGUUGCCCCUGCAUACGAGGCAAGUUUGUUACUCGGUAAACUGUGACCAUGGGGAAGGUGGGGGGGAAUUAUACAUAACUUACAUAAAUAUGGUGGAUUUUUUGAUGACCGGAGAAACGAAAUGAAAUCAAACAUCACACCUAUUCACUGC